AUGGGUGCGUUGCCGGAGAGCAAGGGCUGGGAGGUGCUCAACCUGACCGACAACAAGGUGGUCACGUCGGUCGAGGAGAUCUUCUACGAGACGUUGUCAUUGGAGGUGUGGAAGUCGAAGUAUGGGCCGGCGUCAGGGCGGACGCAGGCACACCCGCCGACGGACACCUCCACGGCGACGGUUCCACUGCUCGCCGAAGUCGAUGAGCCUACUGAUGAGGAUGUUGUGGAGGUUCUUCCACCUCCCCCUAUUCUUGCUCCUCCAAAUCCUGUCGCAGAUCGGCCUACUUCGACACCUAUGUCGGCCACCGGCGAUGAAGGGAGCCUUGUGGCCUCACCUGUGGCGCCGGCCAGUGGCACCGCCGGCAGUAGACAAGACACCAAGCUCAUUGACUACGAUGGGAAGUCGUCAACGACAGGGGGGCACCAAAUAGGGGAGCCGGUCGAACAGGAGGCAACAGCAGGGGUACACUCGACAGGGGAGCAGCAUCCGGAGCGGUCGACAGGGGAGCUGACGAAAUUAGCAGCACACGAGCAGCCGGUCAAAGGGCUGAAGCAACUGGUCGACGACGAUGACGUCGACGAGGAAGGGGAGCAGUCGGCGGGUGAGGAGUCCACCGACAGCCACGUGGUGGAAGUGCCGAUCACGAAGCCUGAGCUGCGAUGCACAGGUCAAGCUCGACGGCCAACGGAGCGGCUGAGCUUCCACGCCUGCCUACUGCCAGCUGCCUUCACCAUGGUGUUCGACGCGGUCGACGACGACCUGUUGUACGACGACGCCGAGGAGGAUGAAGACCUCCCGGAGCUCAACCCUGACGUGCAUUCCGACCCCGAACACCGCUGGGACAUCACCACGAUGACGGUGAAGGAGGCGCUGUCGAGCUGGAAGGGCGAGGCGGUGAAGGCCACCAUGGAAGAAGAGAUCCGCGGCCUCAUCGGUAUGGGGACUUGGGAGCUGGUCGAACGCCCACGCGGGGUGAACAUCAUGAAGAACCGGUGGGUGCUGAUGACCAAGUACCGCAUCUACGACACCGUUGAGCACAAGAAGGCGAGGCUAGUCGUGAAGGGCUUUACGCAGGUGUACGGCGCCGACUACAACAAGACGUACUCGCCGUAG